AUGACGUUCAAGCCUGAGUACACCUACGAUGCGGACAAUAAAAUUUGGAGCGGACCUCAACCAAAAUAUCUUUUUGCAGCGGACUUAUCCGUUGGUGAAAUUAUAUAUCAUGAGAUGCGACGACACCCCAAGCUAAUAGCUCAAAUCUCGCCAACGGAAAACACUAUCUUAACCAGAGAGGAGUUACAUUUGAAUUCGGUGCGCGUGGCAAGUUAUAUGAGGCAGUUGGGCUUGGUACAAACAGACAUUGUUGGAAUUAUCGGAAGGAACACAACGCAUAUGUGCGCUGUAGUCUACGGAUGUUUCUUCAAUGGCAUUGCUUUUCACUCACUCAACAUAUCGUAUGAGCAGGAGAACAUCGAAAAGCUUUUCAAUAUCACCAAACCUCGUCUGAUUUUCUGCGAUGGUGAUGAGUACGAUAAGGUGAAAUCAGCGACAGCGACGUGGAAUGUCCGCAUUGUAACAAUGCGCAAUCAUCAAAGUGGCGCAAUAAGCAUUGAGGAGAUUCUAAAAACUCCAAUCGAGCCGAACUUUGAACCUGUGCGCCUUGAACAGGGCAACGAUCAAACUUUGGCUAUUCUCUGCUCAUCAGGCACUACAGGACUUCCAAAGGCGGUGACCAUUCCAAACAGUAGCCAAUAUUAUAAUUACUACACGAAACUUACUACUGAUGACGUUCAGUUUACUCAAAGUACUCUGGAUUGGGCUUCAGGUCUGAUAACAACGAUUUUAUCAGGAGUGUACAGCACGACACGUAUUAUCGUCGAUACUCCCUUUGAUCCUGCAUACUUUUUGCGAAUUGUUGAGAAGUACAAAAUUACAUGGGUGGUUCAGACUCCUUCACAUUUGGCAAUGAUCACAAACUGCUCCGAGUUUCCAGCUGCUAAUUUGCAAAGCAUCCAAUGUUAUUUGUAUGGAGGAGGUGGCUGUUCAAUACAAGUGCAGCACUGCAUGCGAAAUCAGCUGGGUCGGAACUGCUUACAUCUUGGAUAUGGUUGCACAGAGGCAGGAUCAGUUGCAGUCAAUUGGAAUUUUGAUGAGAAGCCUAAUUCCUGUGGUCGUCUUACCAUCGGACCAAACCAAAUGGGUGAAAUUUGCGCUAAUAACGGUCAGUACUGGGCUGGCUACUACAACAAUCCAGAGGAGUCGCGUAAUAUUCGCGACGCGGACCUGUGGUUUCACACCGGCGACUUGGGCUACAUAGAUGACGAUGGCUUUCUCUUCAUUGUGGAGCGAAAGAAGGAUAUGCUUAAGUAUCAGAAUAUCAUGUACUAUCCGCAUGAGAUCGAAGAGGUUAUUAACCAAAUGCCUGGCGUGUCUGAAGUUUGUGUCUUCGGAGUGUGGAAUCAAUUGUGUGGCGAUGAAGCUGCUGCUGCUGUAGUCAAGAAGCACGGGGCUGACAUUACAGCAGAGGAUGUUGAGAAGUAUGUAAAGGAGCAUAUUAGCGCAACAUACAAACAUUUGCAUGGCGGUGCCAUGAUAAUGGAUGAACUGCAGCAUAGCGCCAAUGGCAAGACGAACCGCAUUGCCACAAAGGCGUAUUUCCUCAAGAUUAAGGGAAUUAAGGAAUAA